GCAAGUUUAGUGUGGAUACGUCACACAUAACGAUGUUUCGCGGGUUAGAGUGUAAUUUUCGAAUAUAAGGGAUUUGUUAAACUUGUUAUGGUCAUACACAUGAUGGGUAAAUGACAAGUCUUACAUCCACCUUGCGAGUUUCUGCUUCGUCAUAUGUGCUGGUACUGACAGAUUUUAUUAAUUAUGAAUAGCCCUUAAUUACCAAAACAUGAUUGAAUUACAGAUGUGUACUGUGAUACUGUCACAUCUGUAUCGGUAUUUAUAUUUAUACAUACAAUGAUUUGUGGUCAUACAAUGGAAAAAAACUUUGAUGAUUUAAACGAAAGUGUUUCAAAGAUACUCAACAUUUGCCAUGCUGAAGAAUAUCGAGUGCUCCAAAACGUUUAUCAUAUUUGUUGCCACUGCCUGUCCCAGAUCCAGACAAACCGACAGUCUCCAAGUUCAACAACAAAUAAUUCUGUGUUCGUGACGAAUAAUACACACAUAGACAUCAAGUAUUCCGAGAGAGAUAUUGACGAACUGUUCAGUAACAUUAAGAAGUUGGACAGGCUGCUAUGGUUUGUAUUCACUCGAAGAUACGGCUGGUUAGACCAAAACAACAAAGACUGUGUCAAAGAUUUGACUUGCAUUCCGGUGUCGCCACAAGGACAGAAAACAGGAUUCAACAAUCUGCUGGAUAUCUUUAUUAAAUGGUUUCUGCUUUUAAGACCCACACCUGCCGUUAUAGAUGGCUAUGUCAAGCUGAUUACAAAUGCAUCGGCAUUGCCUGUUGUGAGAAACCGAAGUGUUGUCCACAUUUUGUCCUGGCUACAGUCUCACCACCAUGAGCUCAUCCAACCCAGUACUUUCCAGUCUGUCAAGGGUCUCCUACUGCUGUGUAUAACAGAUGUUUGGUCUCCUAUACGCAAGGCAACCUGCAGCCGCCUGGGAGCCAUAGUAGAUGGCCUUCCAAACAAGGCUAGAGAUGUUUUAUUUAAUGAUCUUGUCAUGGUUUGCUUGGAUCCUGAAGCACCAUGGCAAUCUAAGGAUGGGGCUAUUGCAGCAAUCAGUUCGUUGCUCUAUCAAUUUCUGUUGGAAAGGAUGGAUUCGGAGACAGAUUUUGUGAUGCCAGACGUUGUGAGUCGUAACAUCGACAACGUCGUUUUCUCUCUGGUCUCCCACUCCCAGCUGACAAUCAGAGAAACUGCUGCCAAGGCCUUCUCCUUCUAUAUCAGCUCAACCAAUCAAAAGGAAACACUGAAGACUUUAGACAAGGUUAUGUCAUUGCUGACAUCUGAGGAGAAAUGUGGUGACACGGAUGCAGGAUGCUGUCUUGUGGAUGCAUAUAAAGCAGAAGGACUUCUCAGCAUUUGUCACUUCAUUUUCAAGUUUCUGCCGAAGUAUUACCUGAUGACAGAGUGGUGUAAAUACUGGACAACAUUUGUCGGCUUCUUGUCACACCCUGCAUCCACAGUGAGGCAGUGUACCAGCAAUCUCUUUAAACUACUUGUACAAAGAUCAAACAACAACCCAGUCCUGUUUCAGCUGGUAUUACAAAGUUUAACAAGUGGUUGGCAUCCACACCUUGAAGAAAAUUCUGAAGUAAAAUCAAAGGCACAAACAGAUUCCUGGGAAGGCAGAGAAGGUCGUUUGUUUGCCUAUGUCAUCUGCCACUAUGUGAUCAAAGAUCAUGUGUGUAACAUUUUUGGCCCUGAGGCGAACCAGAAACUAAAACUCCAGUCAGAACAGAAUGGAAAGGAACCUUGCUUUCCAAGGCAUACGGAGAGAGUUGUUGGCUGUGGGAAGCUUGUGUCAUCUUUUGAUGGACAUUCCUUGUUAAAUCAAGUCAAGAUGCUUGAUGCGUUUUAUAUACAAAUUAUUGGUGCUGGACAAUCAAGUGAAAGAGUGGAAGAGAUUCAAGAAAGUAUUAUGAAAUGUUGUGCAGGCUGUUCAGAAAAACAACAAUUUGAGGACAUACAUUUGAAAUCACUGACCUUUGUGCAAUGUGGUGAUCUGUUUAAACUGAUGUUGUACCAAACUGUGGAGUGUCUGGCCGACUCGCAGUGGGAGCUCAGAAGAAUUGCUCUACAGGUUUUUCCAUAUUUAGCAGAGGUUAUCCGUUGGUACAGCUGUAAAACAAUGCUGGACAUUUGGAAGCAGAUCAAGCCAACAAGUUCUGAUCUUAGUCUGUACAUGGCCCUCUAUCUCCUGAGAGAAAAUGUUGUUCACGGAGCGAGAUUAGUGCCGCUACUUCACAAACCAACAGAACAGCACAUAGCUUCAAGAAAAGCAGUAACGGAGAUUGUGGACUGUAUUCAGUCUAACAUUCACGGAUGUCUUUCAUUGGUCGAAAACGUUCUCAAGAGAAACUGCUUCGAUCGGCUUUCAUUACUGUCUGCAGAAAUCAUCACUGUAUCACUUGUAAAUUUUGAUAUUCCUGAAGAUCAGAGAUCUCAUCUUGGCACGUCUGUGAUAACAUUUUGGAAAAAUCUCUUCUGUUUUGCACAUCCAAACAGUCGGAUAUCCAAGGAGGUGUUUAGAUGUUCUGAAAAUAACUUCACCUCACCUCAUUGUGGAUAUUUAAGUUGUUGCCUGGUACGUCCAGAUGGAGAUACUCAGUGUGCACGACAGGUAGAAAAGAUUUUUAUGAAGAAGAUGCUUGGGAGCCUGCAGGCGUUUCUCCGUCUCCAUCCUGUGUCGAACACCGCACUCUGUCUGCCGAUGUUGGCUCACAACGUUGGCCUCUUCGUAGCUGAUGUCUGUGUUUGUAAAUCACUACUCCGGAGUCUGAGUAUGGAGGCUCAUUUUGUUGUGGAUCAGGUCCUGAAACUCGCACCUGGAGAAGAAAGACACUCCUGUCUCCAGGCCAUUUUCUUCACACUGAAAGAACUGGCAGCUGUUAUUGCCAUGAAGAGUUUUGACAGUCAGCUUCUUCAGAAGAUCCUGAAUGUUUACUUAGUCAUGUGUCGACCAAUCAACCCGUCAAGACAUUUGAGAAUUAUAUUCAAGAGUGUGUGCGCCAGGAUGGGAGAACGAGAGCGACUGCCGAGUUGUGAUCUGUCCCCGAGACCUGAGCAGGAUGCCGACAUCGGUCUGUUGUGGCGUGACUUCUCCAUGAGCCAGGUGGAUGGACACUGGUCAGAACCAGACGAGGAGGACCAUAACUGUCCAGACGAGGACUUGGCGUCGAUGUACUCCGAGUGUCUGGCCCUGAACGUGAGCUGUAACAGUGGCAGUUUCAGCUUGAUGAAGUCUCACGCUGGGAGCAUACGCAGUGAAGACGACAGUCACAGCGUAGAGGACGGACACAUCGACAAUGAUUCUGACUGGGACAGCUGGAGUGAUGAGGAUGAGGAUGACUGUGCUCUGACGAACAUAUUCAGCAAUUUCUUAACACAGAUGAAAAACAUCUUUGGGAAAGAUGCCAGUGCAAUAUUCUUGAAGGAGAUUUCUUCACUGGAGAAAGAGGAACAAGAUUUCAUUACAAGGAUAGUUGAGGACUUGGAGCCAGCAACUUCAUGAAAACACGAACGCAGUACAUAGUAGAACCAUUGUAAUGCUUUCAUGCAAGCAUUUGAUUUGGUUAUUACCGACUGAGACUUUAUAAAGCAAUUCUUCUGGUGGACUAUCGCUUCUUAAUAUGAAAUGCCCUGUGAUGACUGGCUUUAUUGAUAUCGGCGCCUGAUAUUUGUCAUAUUUUCCUUUUAAUUUAUUUCAAUUUUGAAAUAUUUAUAAAUAAAACAUUAUUUUCUUAACAGAAAUAAAUAUAUUUUUAAGUAUAUGGACUGCACUACAUUGUAAAACGAUUUCUUUAUAUACACAUUAUGAUACCUUAACUGCAGCAUAAGAGAAGACGUGUUGUCAGUAUUCAGCAAAAAGUAUUAUUGAUGUAUUUAAAGUACCUAAAGUACUAACCAAAAUUAUAUGUGAUUUUCCAGUCUUGUAUAUUAGUUAUGAAAAUCCCUGGAAUGAAAACCAUAGAAAUGUGUCAGUAUUAUCAUGACCUGUUACUGUAUGCAAACAACCGGUACAAAAAAUGAUCAUAAAUGACCUGUUAUAGAUAGAAAUAUGAGAUGUAUUUACAAUUUUACUGCUAAACAUAUGUAAUUUGAAACAGACUAUAACACCCUGGUUGAUAUUGAUUACACCUGAGACUACCCCUCUGCUAAGCUUAGUACUUGUGAUUUCACCUGUCAGGUUUUUAUUUCAGGGAUUUUCAUAACUAAUAUAUAAGACUGGAAAAUCACCUGGGUAUAAUUUUGAUUAGUACUUUAGUAACAGUGGUAUUAACUGAAACAAUAGUUUAAUAGACAUGGAAAUUAGAUCAUAAUUAAAAAGACUUAAUUGAUGAUAAUUAUAAAUAAAGUCUGAGAUAAUUUCUGAUUGUAAUAUCCCUCAAAGUAUUUCAUAUGUAGCUUUGUAGUGUAACUAAUGUUCUGAAAGCUGAAGAAAAUGGUUAAUGAGAAAGAUUGAUUAUUUUGAUGAAACUACAUAACACUGUGUAUUUGACAGUUGAUAAGAAUAUUAUUUUAUUUUUACUAUCAGUAUUUAGCUGGCUUGACAGUGUUUCAUUGUGAAAGAAUUUCAUUCUCUGGUCCUUGGUACAUACACCUAGAUAUUUUGAUGAACAGUAAUUUUAAUAACAUAUUACCAGCAAAUGUUUACAGAAAUAGUAUCCAUGGUGAACUAUGUAGUCCUCUUACAUAUAUUUCUUGAAUAAGAUAUUUAUUUAGAUAUGAUUAAUUUAAUAAACACAAUGGGUCAAAUUUACAAAGCCUAUUUAUAUGUCACAUGUAUAAUUACAUUUGCAAUGCUUAAACACCUGCAUUUAAGAAAAACAGGCUUUGUAAAUUCGGCUCUAAUUGUUUGUACACUAUGGAGCCCUUUAGGUGACGUGACAGAAAAUAAUAGUCCUUGUGAACAAACUCAAUUAACACCUUAUCACCCUUGGAUACAAAUACAGAGAUGAAAAUCUCAGAAAUAUACUGGAUUUUAGGCCCAGCCGAAAAGCAUUUAUGUUUUUUAAAUACAAAAUUCACUCUAACUCUCAACUCUCAAAAUCAUCAAGAUCUUGCAAUGAUUUUGAUGUUUUUUAAUCUAAUUAAACAAAUUAUUACAUAAUACAGUUUUCAUCAUUUUAUUCGGUGGUAGAGGUCUCGAAUUAGGUGCCAUGGGUCACCUUUUAUGAACUUUGUUUUUUUCCCAACUAAUAAGUAACAAUUGGUAUAUCAAAGUUUGUGGUAUGUACUGUUGUGCCUAUAUAAAAGAUCCCUUUCUGCAUUAUUGGUAAGAAUAACUUAAGUGGCAGCAUCAGGUUUCCCCUUUCUCUUGGAAUAACUUCAUUAGACGCCAAAUAGCCGUAGUUAAAAUAUGCUUAGGUAUCUUUAAACAUUCCUUUCCUCGUGUUUAUUGGGGAAUAGAGAUUAACUCGUAUGAUGUAUAAACAGAUUAUCAAUAUAUAAUGUUUGGUCAUGAACCAAUUAAAUUAUUUGUUCCAACAGAUAGCUUUAGCUUGAUCUGUGGACACAGUAUUAAUUCUCUGGCAUGAAUGUUAUUUUCUGACACAAUCGCCAUGGGGACUUCAUAAUAUAGCUUACAGUACAUGUAUAGUCAUUAUCUCAAAAUGGUUUAUUGCUUACCCAUUCCAUGUGAUGUGUACAUGUAUAACUGUAUUGUCUUAGACUAACUGUAGGGUGGAGUCUUAACAGAACCACUUCUGCUUUUAUUUAUUUAUUUAUUUAUUUAUUUAUUUAUAUGUUGUGUUUAUGUGCACUAAACUGAAAAAACACUAUUUUGUAUGGCUGAAUAAUUAUAACAAACUCAGGUAUUUUGGGUACAGGUAGGUAUUUUGUGAAACAAUGCAAACGAUAUUGUCAAGUGAUAAUCGCUUAAAUACUAUACCAACAUUCAAAAGAAACUUUACAAGGCUUGAAAUUGUAUUAUAGAAAAACAACAAACGGUACAAUGGGAUAUGAAAGUAUCAUGAAGUUCAAUACCUAAACGUCAUAAUGCACUUCGUGAUACAUGCAAAGUGUUUGUAAGGUGGUUUCUAAAUUGGUUGUUUUUGUUUAGAAACAAUAUUUAUCAAAUUAUUCAAAUUUUAUUUAUGUAAAGUUUCUUUUGGAUGUCAAUAUACAAACAAAAAAAAUUCUUUUUAUACAUUACCAUAAGAGUGAAAGAAAUAGAAGCUGAUACCACAUCACAGUGGGAGAUUUGUGCCAUUUCAAUGGAUGUUAGGAUAUUUGGAGCAGUUCAGGGGUAGGGAAAAGCAUUCACAGGGAUCGAAAUUAAGAAUUUGAUUGUUUUUACAGAUGGCAAUUUCGAGUCUGCCAACAGCAAUUGUAAGCCAGUAACUUGCAACAAAUAUAAAAAGCGAAAAUUAUCCCUUCAACCAACAGCAAUAAUUUAUAAUUUAUUAAUAUAGUCCAGCAGCAAAAAAAACUGCCAUCGGCAAAGCCACUGACCAAGGGCAGUUUAUAUUGCAACAGCAGCAAUUGCUGUCAUUACGUUGAAGCCCUGCUAUCAGUCUGAGGUGUUCGAUUACGUAUCAAAAUGAUCAAAGUUUUCUUCAGUCAUCUGCUGCAAUAUAUUUUAGCAGCUGAAGGUUUAUUUUCAGUUUGUUAAAGACGACCACACAAGUAGAACAAUAUGAUCUUUUAGGAGAUAUCGGUUGUUAUAACAUGGGGCGGGACAUAGCGCUUGCCUGAUGCACAGUCGGUCAGGGAUCGAUCCAGACGGUCAAAAAGCAGUGUUUUACAUUUUUAUACGUUAAACUGGUUUAAUUUGACAUCCAAUAGCCAAUGAUUCAUAAAUCAUUGUGCUCUAGUGGUGUCGUUAAACAAAACAAACUUUUUUUUAAAAACUGGUUUAACUAUACUAGUUUAGUUCAAACAUUUUUGGUUGGAAAUGAUGAGCAUUCAGACUUUUAACAGCUAUACCAGUAUAAGUCGGAAGUGUAGUUAUCCGCAUUUGUACAAGACAUCUCAGCAAUGCUCAAUGGGUAGGUGUAAACCACUUGCACCGACCAGUGAUCUAUAACUGGUUCAACAAAUGCCAUGGUUUGUGCUAUCCUGCCUGUGGGAAGCACAAAUAAAAGAUCCCUUGCUGCUAA